GAAAGUCUACUUUAUACGGCAUGUGUGUUUAGCGCGGCAACUUGCUUCAUCAGACGUGAAACACCUGCGCUGGAACUGCAGAACAUACAAGUGGCCACUAGAGGGAGAUGCUGCUUGAACACGAGCCUGUCAGUCUACCUGGAUCAAGACUCCGAAAACACCGCUGGACGGUAAGCCCGUGUAGCCUUAAGCAGUGUUAACGCACACUUAUGAGCUCUCGUCGAAUCCGUUUGGACUUGACAGCCAGAUCAGAGGUGGUGGAAACUCCAAUGUAUGUUAAAUAUGUACAAUGAGUGCAAAAGCAGAAUAAUUCGCGUGCGCGUCCAAACUGUGAAUUAAUACUUCAUUUCUUUCGUUUUAUUUUCAAAGGCAUGUAUUAUUGUGUAGCAAGUGAAUGUUAAAGUCAAAAGGUUCAGCUGGAUACAGUAUAUGAGCAGCACUGUAAGAAUAAGUUUAAAAAAAGUGCAAAAGCAGAAUAAUUGGUGUGCGCGUCAAAGAGUCCUUUUUUGUGGUAUAGGAGGGCCAUCUGUACGCGCAGAGCUGUUGGCUCACACACAGCCGCAAACUUCCAUACAACGGUGUGCCGCUCGGUCCAGCCCAGCGCCUUCACAUCGUUGAGCAGCUGUUUGAGCCGGCAGUCCAGCGGCCGCCGUUGAAAGAUGAAUAUGUGCUCGGGACUUCGCGGCUCUUCUCCCCUACUGCUGACGCAUCUUCUGCUUAGUUUUCUCGGCUUGACUCGCGAAGCCGCCUGCUUCGAACUGGUUCUUAUGCACACCAACGAUGUUCACGCUCGGGUGGAGGAGACUAGCAAGGACUCGGGGAAAUGCACCUCUAACGCCUGUUAUGGCGGUGUGGCCAGGAGGCUAACGAAAAUCAAAGAAAUUCGUGCCACAGAACGUAACGUGCUGCUGCUGGAUGCCGGGGAUCAGUUCCAGGGGACAGUCUGGUUCAACGUGUACAAAGGAGCCGAAGCGGCGCAUUUUAUGAACUGGAUGCGAUACGAUGCAAUGGCAAUUGGAAAUCAUGAGUUUGACAAUGGAAUAGAGGGCCUGGUUAGCCCUUUUCUUCAGCAAGUGAAGUUUCCAGUGCUCAGUGCUAAUAUUAUAGCAAAUGAAACAAUAGCUUCAAACAUCAGUGGAUACUACCUUCCUUACAGAAUACUUACUGUUGGCAGUGAAAAAGUAGGAAUUGUGGGGUAUACAACAAAGGAAACCCCAACACUGUCCCAGUCAGGACCAAAUUUAAUUUUUGAAGAUGAAAUUAAAGCCAUACAGAAGCAAGUGGAUAAAUUACAGACUUUGGGAGUGAAUAAAAUCAUUGCCUUGGGACACUCAGGAUUUGAGACAGAUAAGCAAAUUGCUCAAAAAGUGAAGAAUAUAGAUGUUGUCAUUGGAGGACAUACAAACACAUUUCUUUACACAGGCCUUCCUCCUUCCAAUGAUGUCCCUGUGGGAUCAUAUCCUUACAUGGUCACCUCAGAUGAUGGGCGGGAAGUUCCUGUAGUGCAGGCCUAUGCCUUUGGAAAGUACCUUGGAUUUCUUCGAGUAAAUUUUGAUGAGCAGGGCAAUGUAAGACAAGCUACUGGAAAUCCAAUUCUUCUAAACAGCAGCAUAUCUGAAGAUAAAGAUUUACUUGAUGAAGUUGAUAAAUGGAAAGAGAAGCUUAAAGAAUUUUCUUCUCAUGUUAUUGGAAGGACACUUGUCUACUUAAAUGGGUCUCAUCUUGAGUGUCGUUUUAGGGAAUGUAAUUUUGGAAACCUGAUCUGUGAUGCCAUGAUUUAUAAUAAUAUAAAAUACCCAGAUGAGAAAUAUUGGAACCAUGUUGGGGUUUGUAUUAUUAAUGGUGGAGCCAUUCGUGCACCGAUUGAUGAAAGAGCAGCAAAUGGUCAAAUUACAUUGGAGGACCUCUUAUCCGUAUUGCCUUUUGGAGGUACUUUUGAUUUGGUAGAAUUAAGGGGAUCAACACUAAAAGCUGCUUUUGAGCAUUCAGUAAAGAGGCACGGAGAAGCUACUGGAGAAUUUCUACAAGUAUCUGGUAUACGUGUUGUGUUUGACCUCAGCAAGACACCUGGACAGAGAGUCUCCAGCCUUGAAAUUCUGUGUACGGAAUGUCGCGUUCCGCAUUAUGAACCACUGGACCUGAACAAAGUUUACAAGGUUGCUGUGCCAUCUUACAUCGCAUCUGGUGGAGAUGGCUAUCAGAUGAUCAAACAAGAAAAACUCAAGCAUGACAGUGGGGAUCUUGACAUAGCUGUUGUUGCCAACUACAUUACUGAAAUGAAGAAGGUCUACCCAGCACUGGAAGGUCGCAUUAAAUUUUCAGGAGCUGUCCAUUUAUUUUGUGAUGGAUUUUCAAAGUUACGCCUGCUCUUCAUGGCACUGGCCUUGUAUUUCUUGUUAUAGGUUUAGUGUGCCACUAUGCAAAACUCCGAAGGGAAAAAUUCUCACAAUCUUUCAAAGAUUUAAUUCUAGGAUGAUUUCAAACAUCUAAUUAAGUAGAGUAUCUUUUAAUUAAGCCCAGACUUCAUUCAAACUACCUCAAUAUUUGGUGAUACAGCAUUAACAAUGUACAUUUGUAUCCCACCACGUAGCAUAUGUUUAACAAAAAACCCGGUAAGGUGUGUGGACUGGCAGACAUGAGAAGUUUGCUCCCACCUCAAAAUACUAGUUGGAAAUGUGUAUUUGUAGAAGCUUACAAAUCCAUAAGCGCCACCCCAAAAGUCAUCGGCCAUGUCUUUCUGAAGAUUGUUUAAUCCCUAUGGAUUGCAGUGGUCUUGAGAUCUGACAUAAUAACCCCACACUGUGCUCUCCUGUCAUUCUCAGCCAUUUGCUUGGUCUACUUGGAGACAAGUGUCUUUUGUCAGCUUUCUGUUACUGGCAGUAAGUCCUGACAGAUUGUAAUCUAAUCAAAAAAAAGAGUGGAGUAAGCUCUCUCAAUCCAGUAAAUUAAACAGCCUGGAAAAUGUGGAGCUAAUGACGGUAUCUACUCAAAAUGAACAACGCAUCCAUAUUAGAAGUGAUGUCCUUAGGGGACUGACACUUACAAAGAUUACCACUUGAACAAUUCAGCUUUAUUGUUGAUAUUCCUGUUCAUUUCUAAAUCUGUGAGGUCAAUCCAUAAGGUUUAGUCUUUAACUACAGGGUGACAUUCAAGGGCACUUCACAAUAUUAAUACAACAUAUCAGGUGUCAGAUAAACUGUCUGGAUCUUAUGGAGGGAGUGCUGGAGAGGAAAGAACUCCUUGUCACAAUGUCUGUGCUUUGAAGUGUAGAGAAGGAGCUCAGCUGCAUGUUUGUAAAGCAGUCUGGGAAAUCGAACACAACAGAGCUGGUCCACUCCAUCCUUCAUGAAAUGGUGUUUGGGUGGAUCUCAGUAGGACAAUGGCACUUUGGCAUCCAGUGUGAUUGUGUUUUCUUUGUUUGAAGUCAUCAACGUGCCAAAUAUUACAUUGCAUUUAAACCUUUUGAAUUUAUGUGCUUGCUGGUAAACAGAAAUCUGUCGUAUCCUCUUUAGCCAUUUACUCACAUUUUAGAUCAGGAAAUCAAACAUGAAUCACCAGAUUGCCACCCGGCAGUUUCAAAGCAUCACAAUGUGACGUCUGCCACUGCUCCUUCAUUACUUCUGUUAUUCUCUGUUAACAGAGAAUAUGUCUUCUUAACUGGAGAUAUAAUUACAGUCACUAAUGAAGUCACACAAAGGGACGGAGAGAAUUUCAAGUAGUCCCAACCAAGCGCUUCAUCAUUACCCAAAUUAUUUAAUGAAGUUCAGCACUAGUUAACUCAGUAGUCUUAAUGAAGAACAUAAAAGCAGAUCAUUGUGUUACUCAAAUCAUAUUAUUACUGUUAACUAUUUGUUUAAAUAUAACAAUGUAAACCUUUUUCACAAAACUAUUAACGCUUAAGAAUCACUAAGCCAACUACAAUACAAUGAAUGUGGCGUAACAGAGGGGGCCGCACAAACAGCUUCUAAUGUGCUGCAGUUGACAGCAGCUGAUUUCAUGCCAGUGGGUCGUGGCAUCGCCAGCUCAGGGUCAUCCUCUUCAGGGAGACAUGGCACCCGGCAACUACAGCCUAAGGCUCUAAACCAAAGCCAGAUUCAGGAAGCUUUCUCUUCCAAGCAAUAUUUGAGUUCUCCAAAACAUUUUUAUUUUUAGGAUUUUAACAUUUGAAAAAGGAUGUGCAAUAAGUGCAAUGUUUGAAAUUGUAUUUGUACAGGAGUUCCAACUGGGCAUGAAGCAUAUUGUUAUAUUUCUGAGUUUAAAUAAACACAAAUAUUUUUCAAAA